ACAAACUCCCACUGACCCAUCAUCAUCCAUCAGACACAACAACACAAAGUAACCAUCUAUCUAAUACUACUUGGAUGCAUUAUUUGGGGUGCCAUAAAAUUGAGAUAAGAAUAAGCAGCUAAAGGAAUUUAAUGGCUGGUAGGUUGCCUGGUGUUGGGUUGCUUGCAAGGAAGAGAACAGAGAAGAACUAUAGAUAUGAACACCAAUACCUUCCCACAUGUCGACACUCCUAUUACCCAAGAGAAUCGUCAUCAUUCGACCCACCAUGGAUUCCACUCACUGUCUUAGAUGAAACUGCUCUCAAGGCCAGACAAAGGCUUCACAAGAAGCUUGAACACUUCUUUUCCUCAUACAGGUCAAGUGAGAAUCCAAGAAAAGAAGGAAAAGUGAGCCAAAACAGGUACGAGAAGAAGGAUGGAGGAAUAGGUAGGAAGUUAUUAGAGUGUUCAUGGUUAUUGCGUGGGAACAAGUUGAAGAAAGAUAGAAAAGUGUGUGCCGUGUGCCUAGAAGAUUUGGGGCUAGAGCAACAGGUUAUGAACCUUUCAUGCUCCCAUAAGUACCAUUCAGCAUGCCUUCUUCGCUGGCUUGCAUCCCAUCCCCAUUGCCCUUAUUGUCGAACCCCUGUUCAGCCCUCACCUCAUAUCAAUACUUAAUUUCAUUUGGCUUCAGCAUAUCGUGUCUUGUACAAAGGACAAAAAUAUCAAAGUAUCUGGCUACCUAGUAUUGCAAUUUGCCGCAUAUUUUUCUUAUUAUUGAUUGCUGCUCUUCUCAGCUAUUGGUGGAUUUCCCCUAUUGUAAUAUAUGCUCGUGAAAAGAUUGAGAUUAUCCCACUAGCCCCAAGAAGGCAAUAACUACUUUUUCUUGCUUUAAGAAAAAAA